AUGAGCAUCCCGUAUAAUUUGCAAAUUAACAAUUCAAACCCAUAUGCAUCUCCGGAAUCCUCCGUGGGAUCCGAUGCCCAGGCUGAACUUGUUGUUGUCACGCCAAAUUCUGUGGGGGGGACAUCGAGCUUGUUACCACGGGAAUAUGCACUCACUCCUCAUCUCACAUCAACGGUUCCAGCGUGGAAACAGAGUCGACACAAACGCCCAUCUGAAUCUGGGUCCGACCGAACCGCAAACUCAGAAUCACAAUUGAACUUUUGCAUUGCUUCCGAAAACGCAGCCAAGCAAAACGCUCGUGCGACAAUGUCACGCAACUUGAUCCGCAUAUACCACGAUAGCAUGGAGAAUGCUCUAUCAUGUUGGUUGACCGAGCACAACUGCCCUUACAGCGACACAAUCAGUCAAUUGCUUCCUCAUCGAGAGAUGCAAGAAUGGGGUCCGAGUUGGUCAAACAGAAUGUGUAUUAGGGUUUGUCGAUUGGAUCGUGUGUCAUCCUCAAUACGCGGCAGAGCUUUAAGUGCAGAGGAAGAUACGAAGGCGGCUCGAGUCCUUCAUCUAGCGAUUAUGUCGUUCGCAUCGCAGUGGACUCAACAUGCACAGAAGGGCACCGGCGCGUCGGUCCCCUCGGCAAUCGACCAUGAUGAGAGAUCGAUCCGAAAAAAAGUUUGGAACGAAGCACGACACGCUUUGGAGCAUUCGAGCAGCAUUCCGUCCUUCCGUGUCGCCUUUGCAAACAUCAUUUUCUCUUUGACGCAAAGCUUGCUGGACAGAGGACAGGAAGUAAGCUUGGGCGAGCUUUUGGAGAACGACCGUGCACCAAUAUAUUUGGAAACCGCCAACCGUCAAAUUUUCACUUUCCGGCAUAAGUUCGCAAGAUUGCAACGAGAGGCUGCCCCCAAAGUGAGAGAGCUUGGGAGCGGUUCGAUCGACCCAACAACGGCGAGCGUUCCACGAAUGCAACAGCCUUCAGAGCCUCAACAACCCGAUCCCCUUCUGUCUAGCCAAGAGCACCGCACUACGAUAGAUCUCAUGUUUUGGCUAGGUGUUAUGUUUGAUACUCUGAGUGCUGCAAUGUAUCAGCGUCCUUUAGUAGUGUCGGACGAGGAUAGUCAAAUCUCAUCGUCCUCUCGGCCACUAGCUGAGCCCGAAGAUCAGAUAGAUUUUGAUCACUGGAACAUUCCAAGCCGCCAGAUACGUCGCACACAAGAUGUGUGGGGGGAUUUAUUUCUUCGCUCCUCAAAGGAACGUCAGGGCUCCAGCCAGGUCCAGCCAAGAUGGCCAUGCUCCUACGAAGAAGCCGCAUCCAUACUUUCGGAGGCAACGCCUGUCAAAGUGCUACUCUACCGCCGAGUGACACAGCUCCAAACUCUGGUUUACCGAGGCGCAAGUCCCGAUCAAAUUGAAAAUGGUAUCCAGAAGGCCCUCUUAGUCUGCCAACAUUGGGAUUCCACAUACCAGAGCUUCAUGGUCGAUUGCGUCACCAAUCAUGAGCUCCUGCCUUCUCGCAUACAGUCCUGGUAUGUCAUCCUCGACAGCCACUGGCACCUUGCUGCGAUGCUUUUGGCGGACGUCCUAGAGAGCAUUGACAAAUGCAGGCUCGGUUCUGAUAUUGCACGCGAGGCUCGGCAAACUACACACUUGGUUGCUACGGUUAGAACGAAUAAUGCUUUGGCAGUUGCCGGACUUGCCCGAGCUUCAAUACAAGGGCAGGACUCGCUCAUGGAGCGUCAUUUCCAUGAUUCACUCAGUGAAGUGGCCUUCCUAGUCGAACCGUGGACGGCCGUGCUUGUCCAUUCUUUUGCCAAAGCGGGAUAUAUCUUGCUAGAGGAUUUGGAUAUUCCUGCAGAUCACAAUGUGUACACUGAGUGUUUACGGCAGAAUUGUGACUUCUUGAUACGUGCGCUUCAAUAUCUCGGAAGAAAGUCUGAUAUGGCUUUUUUGGUGGCUCGAAAUCUGUCACGAUCUUUAGAAUCAAAGCUUACCUGA